GGUUUAAAAUUUUUUUUAAUCCAGUGUCUCCUUUCUUAGGCUGAGACUCAGCACAUUAUUGUGAAAGGGAUGAGUUCUCUCCGGCUGUGUGGCUCCUCGAUCGUGUCCGAUGGAUGUGAGUGGCAGCAACAUGACUACAGUGGUGGACAACAUGUCAACUUCGGCUCUGAUCUGGGAAACAAAGACGGCGAGUUCUCUGGCUCCUCAGAUCACAGCUGUAAACAGCACAUCUGGAGCAAUGCCACUGGAGGUCUCAGAAGGAAGCUCAGUGCUGCAGGGAAUAGCCGUGGCCGCUCAGGCUCUCCUGCUCCUGGCCAUAUUUCUGCUCUCCAGCUUGGGAAACUCUGCUGUGGUGAUUGUGAUCAUCAAACACCGGCAGCUCAGGACGGUCACCAAUGCAUUCAUCAUGUCCCUCUCGCUGUCCGACUUCCUCACCGCCGUGCUCUGCCUGCCUUUCUCCUUCAUCAUGCUGUUCAGUAAGGAUGGCACUUGGAUGUUUGGCGAGCACUUCUGCAUCGCCAAUGGGUUCUUCAACACCUGCUUCGGGAUCAUCUCCACCUUCACCAUGACGCUCAUCUCCUUUGAUCGGUAUUAUGCUAUUGUCAGGCAACCACAGGAGAAGAUUGGGAGAAAGAAGGCCAUCCAGCUGCUGGCAGCCGUCUGGCUUUCAGCAGUGAUCUUCUCUUUCCCGUGGUAUCUCCUUAUACGGACGUCGGAACACCUUGUCAUUCACAAGCGUGGAUUUUACCACUGCAUGUAUGUUUUCCACUCGGGGACGUCCCGCAUGGGCACGGUGUACAGUGUGUCCUUAAUUGUCGUGUGCUACCUCCUUCCAUUUGCACUUAUGUGCUUCUGCCACUAUAACAUUUGCAAAACGGUGCGUCUCUCCGAGAUCCGGGUGCGACCCGUCACUACAUACGCGCACCUGCUCCGCUUCUAUAGCGAGAUGAGAACAGCUACGACCGUGCUCAUCAUGAUUGUCUUCAUCAUCUUCUGCUGGGGUCCAUACUGCCUCAUGGGGAUCGUCACUGCAAUCGGAAACUAUGCCUUCAAUCCGGCCAUGGAUGCCGUAGCCGUGUGUAUGGCGUGGGCCAACGGCGCCAUUAACCCGCUCAUUUAUGCCAUGAGGAACCCCAAUAUCUCAAUGCUGCUGGGUCGCAGCCGUGAGGAAGGAUACAGGACUAGAAAUGUCGCCGCUUAUCUGUCUGCGCAAACUCGAACACGUAGGCGAACAGUGUCACGCUCGCACGCAAUACGAGAGCGCUACAUAACAGGAACACGUACUGGUGGAAAUAGUCGAGUGUCGUCUUCAAGCCCGGCCAACGGUGGAGAAGUGGCCAUGUGGGCAUGCAAGAACCCAGCUGUGUUUUUCUGUACAGAUGCACAUCUCGACACAGCCACCGAUAUCGGACACGAACCAAAACAUGACACGGCGAAUACUAGUCUCUGAUUUAACAUUUUUCCCAAUGGCUUGUGUAACUUGGUUUAUAAACAUGCAUAAGUAGUUGGACUGGUGUUAUAAAUCUCAUUUGCAUCAAUGUUUACGUAAUGUUUUAAGUGCCAAACUCAAAACCAGGGUGCAUGCAAUCACAUCGCAACACUGUGGACGAAUCAAAACAUAACAUUUUGCCUUUAAUAUGGGGAAGACAUGGGAUGGUCGUAAUGUUAAAUUAUUUUUUAACAUUUCUUUUCAUUUAAAGUUGCAGUCAAACCUGAAAUUUGCAGUUCACCUUUGUAAACGAAAAGUAAGGAAUCUAAAUUAUGUCGUAAAAAUUGGACAUGACAUGAAAAUCACCAA